CUGAAUUACUGCCAUCCGCAUGCCGCUGAGCUUCCACUUCCCUGAUGAUAGUCCCGCGCCAAGCGGCCCCACGUGCCUGGUGACUCUGUUGCUGGGCCUGCCCUCCGCAGGGAAGACCACGUUGCUGAAGCAUCUCCUACAUCACGCCCGGAUUGCGGCUGUUGUCAAGGACUCCGACCACGUCGGAUUAGGAGACCUUUCGAAGCUGGAAUCCCUGGUGAGCCAGAAGGGUUGUGUUGGCAGCUCUUCUGCCGAUGACCUCUUCUCCGCCGUGCAGACCAUAGUGAUGCGCUCCAAGGACGAUCCCUUCGAGCAAAUCCUGGUGGAGCUGGGAGGUUUAGAAGACCCACAGGCGCCGCUUCGCAGCUGGGACUUGGCCAAAGAAUGCCAACUCCCCUUCACGCGCCGCGCGGCGCUGGCGCGCCGCGUGGCAGUGCUGGAUGCGAGCACCUUCUUGCGAGACUGGCAGGACGGCCGCGAGGUGCGGUCACCGAAUGCCACGGAUGCCUGCAGGCAUGGGCUUUUGGCCAACGUCUCCAGCUCCGUGUGCGAACUGUUGGCCGAAACGGUGGAGUUGGCAGACGUUCUAGUUGUGAACAAGUGCGACCUCGCGAGUCAAGAUGAGCAGGAGGAGGUGCUGCGGAUGCUGCGGACAUUGAAUGAGAAGGCAGAGAUAUUGCAGACCUCCUUCGGCGCUGUGGAGCCCCAGCGCCUGCUGCCCGUGCCCUACCUCCGCGCUCCCGCGGGCGCGCGCGGCGCCGGCGAAGGCUACAGCUGGUCGCAGACCCCCGCUGAGAUUCACCUCCGGAUGCCCAUUGGGCCGACUGUCAAGAGCAAGGACAUCGACUUCGCUCUGAAGAAGCGAGACUUCAGGCUUGGGCUCCAGUCGGAGCGGGUGGUGCAAGGCGAGCUGGCAGGAGAUGUCACAAACGUGGGCGACAUUAUGUUCGAGAUCGAGGGGACCGGUUCGGACAGGUCUGUGCAGCUUUGCCUGGAGAAGAAGCAGCCUGGCAUGUGGAGCCAGCUGUGGAAAGAGAGCGAUUCGUCGGAUACGUGCGGCCAGCAGCGCAAUUGCCUCGCGCACAAAGAGUGCGCUGCUGAGCCUGAGGCGGAAGGUCGCUCCGGAAGGCGCUUCGUCUUCCAGCGGCGGCGGCCCUUCAGCGAGAAGCGCCUAGGGCAACUGCUGCGAGCUUGGCAGGAGCUCCGAGAGGGUGGGAGCACAGAGGCGCACCGAGACGGCAACAUCUUGAAGCCUUCGACUUCGCUCGCUUCUGAAGCACAACUUGCGCUGCGCCCGGUGCUCCGUUCUAAAGGCGUGUGCUGGUCCGACGGGGAACCUUUGCGGCAGCUUCGGUGGACGCAGGCGGGUGCUGGGCCAAAGGUGCGAGCCACGCAGCGCAUUUGGUGGGCCCUGCUCGACGAGGAGCAGCGCCGUGUCCAGCGCGGAGCGCCAGGGGCCGAGGCCGAGUUCCAGCAGGCCCUGAAGACGUGGCAUGAGCUCGGAGACUGCAGGCAAGAUCUGGUCUUCAUAGGCGGACCCACCAUGAACGAGGGCCUUAUCGUCUCACUGCUGGAUUCCUGCCUGCUCUCUGACGCCGAGCUCGCGGCAUUCCGGGCGACGCGGCUGACAGUGCCGGAGGAGGAGUUCACCCUCAAAGCGCUGCUGCAAAGCCUGGGCGCUGAGGAGUUGAGGGAUGAAGAGCCAGUGACACAGGGGGUCGAGGCGGACGAGGAUGCAGAAUUCCUGCGGUCCUUGGGCGUUGGCUGCAACCUCCAGGCCUCGAAGCGAUUCAACGAGGAUGCCUUCAGAGAUGCAUGCAGUUUCAUGCUGUGUCCCAGCCGUUUGGAGCUGCUGACCUGCCAGGAUCGACACGUGGAGUUUGAAGCAGACCCCAGCGGCCGCGCGCCGCCGCUCUCCAACCUGGAGCCAGGAGUAUGGUCAAAGCAUCUGGGAGGCGCUUCCUGCGAGUUGCCUGCACGAUCUGGGCGGCUCAACGGGGUGUGCGUGGAUGAGGUGGCGAACAUCGGUCAGCAGCUCACCUUCUGCAAGGACGUGGUGCAGUACCGUGCCUGCAUCCCGGCGCAUCAGCCGCUGUGGCCGGACUGGAACGCGACGAAGAAGGACGCCAUGCUGGCCAGGCUCUUUAAGGGCGUUGUGGAGAAACGUUUGGCCAAGGAGCUGAACGUCACUCCCAAAGAGUUCGUGGCGAUUCACCUCUUGCCCGAUGCCCUGGUCUAUGACUUUGCUGAUCCCAGAGAGUCAAUUCAGCAGAUCGCGAUUAUGCCACUUGAGCUUCCUAUCGGUUAA